AUGGCGAAAUAUUCAAAUCAACAUUCUGAUUGCAUAUCAACUGUACAAUUAUGUCCAUUUGGUGAAGAUCAAUGGAACCGUAUAGUGACUUAUUCACCGAUGUAUUUUAAUUGGACCGAUUUUUUAAUGAUGAAUCGUAAACAAAUGUGUAAACAUACACCAAGAAAACGAGCUUUAAUAUGUCCAAUGGAUAUGAAAGCUGUUAAAUUAGAAGAUCAAUUAUUACUUAAUGAGCUUCAUGCGAUACAACGAGCAGCUAUUAUGCCAUCUGUGACAAGAUUUUCAGAAAAAAAUUCAUAUGAUUCAAAAUAUCUCGAUGAAGAACAUAGUCAACGACCAACAUCACCUACAGAUGAAUAUCAAAGAUCAUCAGAUUUUUUUCAUCAAACAAGAGAAUCACCGACACUUCGUUGUAAUUAUGGUGAAACAUCAUUCUCACAUCAACAAUAUACUAGCAAACAUUCUCUAGUACAACCUAAGAUCACGAAUAAUGGACCAAUAAAAGCAUUAUCUAAAAUUAAUUUUGGUUCAAAACCUCAAGCUUCUCUAAGUGUUCAACUUCGACAAUCAACUAUAGCUCGUGAAAAUGCCCUUGCUACUGCAGCUGAUCAUCGAAGUAUAACUCCAUUAUCAAUGUCUUCAUCAAAACGAGCUGCUGGUGGUAGUGCUCAUUCAAGUCGUCGCAAUUAUCAACAACAUCGAUUACCAUAUCCCCUAACACCACCACCUACUGAAACAUAUAUUAUUGGUGGUUUAUAUGAACAAUCAGCAUCUGAUACAUCGUCAACAAUGAAAAAACCAUUUAUGAGAACUACGAAUACGAGUCGUUCAACAGUACAUAUGAUUAAAACAAAAACUGAUCGUGCACGAGAAAAACAACAUAUUGAAUUAAAAACAAUGUUAGUUAAACCAUGUAGACAAUUGAUAACAAGUGAUAGUACAUUAGAAGAAACAAUUCCAAAUUCCAUUGAAACGAUGCGUAAAUUAGGUGGAUCAAUAAGUGCAUUUGAAAGAAAUUUACGAUAUACUUACCACAGACAAUUAAAUCAAUUUAGAAAUAAUUUGAAAAAAUGUUAA